UCUCUCUCUCUCUCUCUCUCUCUACCUGCCAACUUGAGUAAAAGCCGUCCCUUCACUCAACACCAGGACCUGGAUCAGUUCGCGAGGGUUUGCACCAGUGACGUUGCUUUCCCUUCUCAUCUCAGUGGCUAUAUAAAAUCAAAACAAAAAACAAAAAAGGAGAAACUUGACUUGAAAGGCAAAUUCAGUCGAGCGGAAUAUUAGGCUCAAAGUUUAAACGAUGAAAAGGCGGAUGUCAUUUUCUUCCCUGCGAUAUUUGCAUGCAUAUCGUUCAAUGAGCUGGAUGGAUUAUUGAGCGAUGAGCAAAAGCUCUGUAAAAAAUGCUGCUUUCCAGUGUUUUAUUUUUCUACAGGUUUGACGCCGGUGGCUUUUCGUGGGAUAAAAAACUGUGCUCGAAGGAGUUUUUCCUAUGGUGUCGCCAUUACUGUCAUUCUGCAGCUCAUGGGCGGAACAUGAUAUAUAUUCUCAGCUGAGAGUGGAUGUUACAUCAGUGAGCUUCUGUGUCAGUAUCGACAAGCUCUAUCAAUCUAUGACAAGCCAUCAUGCAUUCGUUCUUAGGACUCCUCGCGUUGUUUGCUGUGUGGGCGUUCGUUGAGUCUGUUCCCAACAACAGUAGCGCAGCAGCAAGAGUCUUGUCAAGCAUUCUGUCCAGCAACGACUAUGACCCGAAAAUUCCACCGUACUACAACGAAGAGUACCCAGCAGAAGUUACAGUUCAACUUAAAGUUCUCAGUAUUGACAAUGUCGACGAGGCGUCCAUGGACUACUCGCUGACCGUGUUCCUCCGUCAAAUAUGGACUGACCCCAGGCUUCGCUUUGCCCACGGUCCCCACGACAACGACUCGACUGUCUCGCCUCACGAUGAGCUGAUCCGACACUCCCUCGACCGUCUGGAGCUGGACUCGAGGGUUACGGAUCAAGUAUGGCACCCAGACACGUUCUUCGCCAAUGAAAGAAAAGCAGACGUUCACGAUGUUACGGUUCCAAACAAAUUACUUCACAUUUUCUCAAAUGGUACAGUUUUUUAUAGCAUGAGAAUCUCAAUGACCUUGACCUGCCAUAUGAACCUGGAAAAGUAUCCAUUCGACCGACAGAAAUGCCCUCUCGUUAUCGCCAGCUAUGGUUACACAAGUCACACUGUGAGCUACGUGUGGAUGCAACCCACGCCAGUGGUUAUCAAGUCCGGCGUGGAAUUACCCACCUUCCAUGUGACGGAAUGGGAUAUUAUAGAGUGCGAUGACAUGGCUGAAGGUUCAUGUGUAUGUGCCAAGCUUUCUCGUCGUGAGCUUAUCCUGGGUCAACUUUUGGCUGGACAUCAACGCCAUCCCAGCACGCAUCUCUCUCGGGCUUCUGACUGUACUCACGACUACCACCAUGAGCGUAGGUGCUAAAUCCAACCUUCCAAGAGUGUCGUAUUUGAAGUCUAUCGACGUUUGGCUUGCUACGUGCCUUUUCUUCGUUUUCGCUGCCCUCCUCGAGUUCGCCUACGUGAAUGUGACGGCACGUGUAGAAAAACGACGUAUGACCAUGAGGGAGGCUGUGCGCAUGGCUACAGAUGGGGCUAUUGGAACCAAGCAGAACGCCAAAGACAAACAAGAGGCAAACAGCACAGCCCACAUGCGGGAAAGAGCACGGAUGGUGGACAAGAUAGCCAGAUUCGCCUUCCCUAUAGUCUUCAUUUGCUUCAACAUUUUCUACUGGUGCUACUACAUGCUCUGAAUCUGAAUUGCUUUGCUCUUUUUACCUUCUGUCACAACUAAACGAUGUAUUAUCAUUACGGCACAAUGGGAAUUAUAAAGACUACGUGCCUGAUGAGACGGAAAAAUAGAAGCAGAGAGACAGACAGACAGACAGACGGAAAAAACCCAGAUUGUGAAUAAAAGAGAGACAGAGAGGGCGAGAGAAGAGAAAAAAAAGAGGGGAGGGGGUAUAUUGAGAGAGAG